AGCGUCCUUGCCAAGAAAGCUCGACCCCUCCUUCCAUUUUUUUGGCCCUUUAUUCAGUGUCUUGACUCUCUCUCCCUCUCUCUGUUUAUAUAUAUAGAGAUAUAGAUGUCAAUGAAGUUGAGCAAAAGACUAGUCUUCCUGCAGAAUAAACAAACCAUCCCCCCCCGGUUGACGAGCUCCUCCUCAGUUUCCGUGACUCGGUCCACAUUCUCCUCCUCUGCAUUUCCAAUCUCUUCCGUAUAGAAGAGAGGUUCUUCCUUCAAAGCCUCAAACUCUGUUUGCGUCCGGAGGCACCCCAAUCCGACUCUUCAUCAUCAUCGUCGUCGUCAAGUCGGCUUCUUUUUUUGCAAGCAAAGCGAAAACAAGCAAGUUUAGCGUAGUUCUUGACGGAGGCGGAGAUCGGUGUUUCUCGGGAAUUCCAUUCGCUCUGUACAAAGCAAUGGUGACACGAAAAUGAGAAUCUUUCUUGACUUCCUUUUGACAGUAGCGAUAAAGAAAAAGAUUUCGACGGAAGGGUCUCUGUUCUGACCGAAGAAGAUGGUGGAAGAUUUCAUCACGAGAUCCCUCCUGAUGAUUCUCGGGUACGCUUACCCAGCAUUUCAGUGCUUCAAGACGAUGGAGAAAAGCAGAGCCCACAACGACGAACUCCGCUUCUGGUGUCAAUACUGGAUAAUUAUGGCGAUUCUGACGAUAUUGGAGAGAAUCGCCGAUGCGGUAGUCUCCUGGGUGCCGAUGUACGGCGAGCUCAAGCUGGCAUUUAUCAUCUACUUGUGGUAUCCGAAGACUAAGGGAAGCGGCUACAUCUACGACAGGCUGCUGCGCCCAUUCGUGACGGACCAUGAGACGGACUUUGAGACGAAGUUGACGGAGUGGCGAGCAAGAGCCUGGGAUUUGGCCAUCUUCUAUUGGCAGAACUGUACAGAUUUGGGUCAGAAGUCACUCUUCCAAGUCCUUGAGUACAUGUCUAGCCAGUCCAGCAAAAAAACACAAUCCAUCACCAAGAAGAAUAACAGGAACCCGCCGCCGCCGCCGCCAAAUGACACCCCCACUUUCUACAGGCCAGGGAAGACCAAGAAGAACGCAUACGAGGCACCCAGAUCAAAUACUGUUCAAGUGCAGCUCGACGACAGAACAGAGUACAUGCACGUUAUCGACGACAACAUGCCAGAAGAACCGGGAUCUCAUCGCGGCAGCAAGCUCCACUUGCCUCACCUUCAUCUUAGGCGCUCAGAGCCACACCAUUGAAGAAUACAAAUCACUGUAAAAAAACCACAAUCUGAAACACCUUUUUCUUGUGUUCCAUAGUGUAAAACUCUUGGAUGUUGUUCCUUCAUUAGUGUGAGAUAAAAGAAUAUUUCAAUGCUUGUAUCAAGUGAAAAUACUACAGUUUGAAGUUUUAGUCGCCAAGAUAGCUUUUACAGACUUGGGAUUAGAUCAAUGAGACAUUCUGGGCUACUUGAAGCAACCUAGUUUGCUCAACUUAUAUUUUCAA